AUGGAAGAUCUGAGAGCUUAUGAACCUGGGAGCUCUUCCGGUUUUGCAACUACUUCUGAACGGUACUCCAAUCAAAUGGUGGCCAGGAAAGAGAAGAGGCUUCCCACUGUUGAAGAAACCAACGUAGUGGGGAUGAAAAAUGAUGUGGAAGCUGUAAAGGGAAAGCUGUUAGAGGGAGCAAUGGAAAGAGUAGUGGUGGCCAUCUGGGGGAUGGGUGGUCUUGGCAAAACUACUCUUGCCAAGAAAGUUUACAACGACAGGGAUAUUCAGAACCAUUUUUGUUAUCGUGCUUGGGUUUAUGUAUCUCAAGAGUACAAUAUCCGGGAGCUUUUGCUCGGGAUCGCCAAUUGUGUCACGACUCUCACGGAUGAACAAAAACGUAAAAAUGAAAAUGAAUUGGGAGAAGAGGUUUAUAAAUGUCUCCAGGGCAAAAGGAACUUGAUAGUACUUGAUGAUAUAUGGAACACCGAUGUUUGGCGCGGGUUGAGCUCAUAUUUUCCUGCAGAAUCAAAUAAGAGCAGAGUGUUGAUCACUACUCGCAGAGAAGAUAUUGUUGUGGAUGCUCAUUCAGAUUGCUAUAAACUUCAACUUCUGGGUGAAAAGGAAAGCUGGGAGCUGUUUCUCAACAAAGUAGGGACUAGAGCAGUACUGACAUGGCCAGGGUUGGAGGAAUUCAAAAAGGAGAUUGUAGCAAAAUGCAAAGGUUUACCUCUUACAAUUGUGGUGCUCGGAGGGCUUUUAUCACUGAAAGAUCUGACACGAGACUCAUGGCUGAAAGUGCUUAAAAGCAUGGAUUGGCAUCUAAGUCAAGGUCCCGACUCCUGUUUGGGAAUUCUUGCACUGAGCUAUAACGACUUACCCUCUUACUUGAAGCCCUGCUUUCUUUACUGUGGGGUUUUUCCGGAGGACUCAGAAAUCAAAGCAACUAAGUUGAUUCGCUUGUGGGUUGCUGAAGGAUUUGUACAAAAAAGGGGAAAAGAAACGCUGGAAGACGUUGCAGAAGACUACCUAUACGAGUUGAUCCAGAGAAGCAUGAUUCAGGUGGCUGAUACGAGAGACGAUGGAAGGGUGAAGUCUUGCCGUAUACACGACCUGCUUCGAGAUCUAGCCAUUUCAGAAGCUAAAGAAGAAAAACUUUUUGAGGUAGCUGAAAACAUUGAUGUGGAGGUGCUUCCUACUAGUGUUCGUCGACUGAUCAGCAGUAAUAUUAGUCAGACCAACUCUCCGCAUUUGAAAAAUUCUAAUAUCCGAUCUUUGAUCCUCAAUAGAUCCAUUGAUGAAGGAGAUGAGGGUGGCGAUUGGUUGAAGGAUAACAACUUGGGAAAACUGACCCACCACCUAAAGCAAUUGAAGCUAAACCUUUAUUUUCGCCGAGAGUUCAAGGAGGGGUCGUUCCGAUCUAUGGCCCAAUUAACUGGGCUUCAAAAGUUGAAGUUGGUUACUGAUAAUUUUAUAGAAAGCGAGGGAUUGUCAACAUCAACUACAAUUCUAUUCCCAGGUCUGGAGUGCCUCUACAAAUUGCAUCUAGUGGGAACCAUCCGAAAACUACCCGUGGAAACAACACUCUAUCCUCCGAAUCUCAUGCAACUCAAACUGCUUUAUACUAAAAUGGAGGAAGACCCAAUGCCAAUACUAGGGAGGCUGCCAAACUUGAGGAUUCUCACAUUAUUACAAGAUCCUUAUGUGGGUACGGAAAUGAAUUGUAAUCAUGAAGGGUUCCUUCGACUUGAAUUCCUACAAAUGCAGGAGUUGUGGAGUCUAGAAGACUUGUCAGUGGAGGAAGGAGCAAUGCCUAAUCUGAAGACUUUGAAAAUCAAGUGUUGUGACAAAAUGAGGAAGUUCCCAGAUGGAUUAUUGCAGCUGAAAAAGCUCCAAAGACUAAACCUCUAUGAGGUAUCCCAAGAAUUGAUGAGUGAGGUUUUAGAGACACAAGGAGAAGAUUGGAAUAGGAUCCGUCAUAUAAUCACCUCCCAGGUACCUCCCCCCAUAAGGGGAUAUUAA